AUGGAGCCGACGAUGGCUUCAAGACGGAUCAGAUGGACCAAUCGAUAUGAAAACCUGAGGAACGUGGGUCGAAAGGACCAGAAAGGAUUCGAGUCCGGAGAAAGACCAUCGCAGUUCCCUCUCACGCGGAUACCUUCAUACUUGAGGCGAUCAGCCCCGACGAGCCCUGUCUUCCAGGUCACCGAACCUCAGCCUCGACAAUACUGGCUGGGACGGUUCGUCACCCUCACAAAUGCAUUCCAUUACGAGGACUCCUUCAACCAGCCGGAUAUUGCCACCGGUUUUGGGAUGCUGUCCAGUUAUUCUCGUCCCCUGGGGUGUUCCGAUAUCGAUCUUUCAAACUAUCGCAUCAAGCGAGCGUUCAUGGUACUCGAGAAUGUCUGUACGACGGAAGAGGCGAGUGCUAGUCUUAGGGCCUUCCGCGAGGACUAUGUCAGGGUUCACGGCGAUCGGUGGAUGCGCUAA